AAAAAAUUAAAAUUAAAAAUCAAAACUUUGGCUUUGGCAUUCACUUGUCGUCUUCAUCACAUCACCCGCAGAUCUGAUUAAUCUUUCCAUGGACGCUCCUCUCUCUCUGUCGCCAUAAUUCCCUCCUUUCCUUCCCUCCCUUCCCCUCCUCAACCUCAACCCGACAAUGAAUCCUUAGCUCUCACUCCACCCUCGGGCGGCCCCCACCACCUCUCCGGGCCUCUCUAUUAUGCCUCAUUGUCCCCUGAGAUUUGAUCUCCGGUGAAGAAGAACGACAACUCCUCCUCCUCCUCCUCCUCCUCCUCCACUGACCAAGCAGAAGCCGCCAUGAGCUCACAGGGUCCCAAGCCCUCAAAACCCUCGAAGCCCCACCCGCAUUCCUCCCAUUCGCAGCCCAAUUCGAGAGCACCCAACUCCUCGUCAUCCUCGUCCUCAGUUACAUCCCACUUGGCCAUGGUCGAGCUCAAGCAGAAGAUCCUCACCUCCCUCUCCAAGCUCGCCGACCGGGACACUUACCAAAUCGCUGUCUCCGACCUCGAGUCCACCAUCCAGACCAUCUCCCACGACGCCAUCCCCAUGCUUCUUAACUGCCUCUUCGAGUCCUCCAACGACCCCAAGCCUGCGGUCAAGAAGGAGUCCAUCAGGCUCCUCGCGUUCGUGUGCUCCAGCCGCGGGGAUACCACCUUCAACCACUUGACCAAGAUCAUUGCCCAGCUCUCCAGGAGGCUGAAGGACUCGGAUUCUGGGGUAAGAGAUGCAUGUCGGGAUGCCAUUGGUGCGCUUUCUGCUCAAUACUUGAAAAAUGAGGGAGUUGUUGGGUUAUUUGUGAAGCCAUUAUUCGAGGUAAUGGGAGACCAGAACAAGGCAGUACAAUCUGGUGCAGCAAUGUGUAUGGCCAAGAUGGUGGAAUGUGCAGUGGACCCGCCAGUGGCUGCGUUUCAGAAAAUGUGUCCCCGGAUCUGCAAGCUGCUCAAUAACCCCAAUUUCCUAGCUAAGGCUGCUCUGUUACCCGUUGUUUCUAACUUGUCCCAGGUGGGAGCAAUCUCUCCACAAAAUUUUGACUCCUUGCUGCAAGGUAUUCAAGAAUGUCUUGGAAGUCCAGAUUGGGCAAUACGGAAAGCAGCAGCCGAGACACUGAGUGCCUUGGCAAUGCAUUCAAGCCACCUGAUUACUGAUGGAGCUACCUCCACAUUGACUGCACUUGAGGGUUCUCGCUUUGAUAAGAUAAAGCCAGUCAGAGAUAGCAUGCUUGAGGCUCUGCAAUUAUGGAAGAAGAUACUAGGGAAAGGUGAUGGCGGAACUGAUGACCAAAAAUCUGUUUCUCAAGAAAGUGAGAAUCCUGAACCGCAAGAAAUAUCAGAGAAAAAUGACGCAAAUCCUUCGGUCAGAAAAGAGCCUUCUGGAAAGGAUUCAUCCCCUACUGAGGAUUCAGCUUCUAGAGCUAAAGCAGGAAAUAUUCCGGAUAAAGCAGUUGUCUUAUUGAAGAGGAAGACGCCUGUUCUUACUGAUAAAGAGCUAAACCCGGAAUUUUUCCAGAAACUUGAGACUAGGGGUUCUGGUGAUUUGCCUGUAGAAGUAGUUGUGCCCCGUAGAUAUCUCAAUUCUUCGAACACUGGUAAUGAGGAAGGGUCAGGCCCAAAUGUUGCUGAGCUUAGAGGAAGGUUUAAUCGCAUGGGUAACAACUCAAACGAACUUCAAGGAUCUUCUAUGGGUAAAUAUCAUGGCAUGGAGAGAGGAAUGAACGGUAAAGACUGGAGAUUAAGAGCAUUUGACGAAGAUAAAGUUGAUGCAAAUCAGAGGGAAUCCACUGCAGCACUUCCCAAAGCCGAAUGUCAGUCUGAAGGAGGAUCCUUUAGCAGCAAUAGAGGAAAUUGGAUUGCUAUACAGAGGCAGUUACUGCAAUUGGAGAGACAACAAACUCAUCUCAUGAGUAUGCUCCAGGAUUUUAUGGGCGGAUCUCAUGAUAGCAUGGUAACCUUGGAGAACAGAGUCAGAGGUCUUGAAAGAGUUGUCGAGGACAUGGCUCGGGAUUUAUCCAUAUCAUCAGGCAGAAGAGGUGGUAGUUUCUCAAUGGGGUUUGAUGGAGCGACCAGUAGGAAUCUGGGAAAGUAUAAUGGCUUCUCUGACUACUCUAGCGGGAAAUUCGGAAGAGGAGCUGAAAGAUUUGCCCAAUCCGAGGGAACCGCCUCUGGCUUGAGGGGGAGAAACCUCGGAUGGAGGUCUGACAUAUCAGAAGGGUGGGAUAGGGAUUUUCCUCCUUAUGGAAGUUCCAGGAACGGGCACAGUGGGGCCAGGAAAGCCCUUGAUGGCGGAAGGAGAGCUUGGGAUAAAGAGGCUGCUCCAGUAAGGCAUGGAGAAGGCCCUUCAGCAAGAAGCGUAUGGCAAGCGUCAAAAGACGAAGCUACCCUUGAGGCAAUUCGAGUGGCUGGGGAGGAUGGCAGUAGUUCUAGGGCAGCUAGAGUUGCUGUGCCCGAGCUGACUGCAGAGGCCCUUGAAGAUGAUAAUGUGGGGAGGGAACGUGACCCAGUUUGGGCUGCUUGGACCAAUGCUAUGGAUGCCCUUCAUGUGGGUGAUAUCGACACUGCGUAUGCUGAAGUUUUGUCUACUGGGGACGACCUGUUGCUGGUGAAGCUGAUGGACAGGUCAGGACCCACCGUCGAUCAGCUAUCAAAUGAGGUCGCAACGGAGGUCCUUCAUGCUGUCGCACAGUUUCUGCAGGAGCAAAAUUUGUUUGACGUAUGCCUGUCUUGGAUUCAACAGCUGUUUGAAAUGGUGUUGGAGAAUGGACCGAAUUCCGUGCCCCUUCCCACGGAAGUGAAGAAAGAGCUGUUAUUCAAUCUGCACGAAACAUCAUCAGCAAUUGACCCUCCCGAUGACUGGGAAGGAGCUGCCCCCGAUCAGCUCUUGCUGCAGCUUGCUUCGGCUUGGGGGAUCGAUCUGCAGCAGUUUGAUAAGUAAUCACACAGUCGAAUAGCCUGAAAAGAAUCGGGUUUAUGCAUCUACCCUCGAAAUUUUUUGAAUUGGUUAUUGUCAAAACGAUUCUAAUACUCGUGGAAAUGUGGAAAUGUGCCGUUCACCAAACUUCCUGUUGGUGUUGUGAUUAAAACUUAGCAAGGUCAAUCGUUGGUGUCAUACCCAUGUUCAUA